GAAUGAAAGAACAAAAACGAAGAAGAAAGACUCUAAAAAUAAGCGUGAGAUAAAGAGAGAGAGAGAGAGAGAGAGAGAGAGAGAGAGAGGGAGAUAAAGAGAAAAAAAAAACAAAGGAAGGAGAGGAUCUGGUGAUUGAGGGAAGCAUCGAUCAUUGAUCCGAUGGGGCUUGUGUUUCUAGAGUCGCUGCCAGGGCCGAAGAUCUACAAGUGCCGCCGCUGCGAAGCCCACUCCGCCUCCAGCGACGCCAUCAUGUCUAAGGAUUUCCAUGGCCGAUAUGGCCCCGCCUACCUCUUCAGAUCAGUGGUCAAUGUCUGUCUGGGGCCCAUUGAAGAACGACAGUUAUCAACAGGAUUGCACACAGUUAAUGACAUUUACUGCUGCUCCUGCAAUCAGGUUUUAGGUUGGAAAUAUGAGAAAGCAUAUGAAGAAAGCCAGAAAUACAAAGAGGGGAAGUAUAUCCUUGAGAUCAACCGGGUUGUGAAAGAGGGCUGGUAAUAUCAUGAGUUUGCUAAAGCCCUGGCCAGAAGAACAAUGAAGUAGAUUUUGGAAUUCAAUUCUAGCAGUUGUCUACAGACCCUAGGAACUGAUAGCCAAAUAUGCGUCUUAAAUAAGCAAAUGGAUUGUUUUGGUCCAUCCGUUUAAUCCUAGCUUUGGUUUCCUACUUCGUCCUAGAAACUUUUGUUUUUCUGUUUACA